AUGGCGAGUACAAAUAACGUGACUGAGUUAAUUAUCGUCGGUCUUUUCCAGGAUCCAGAGGUGCAGAGAGCGUGCUUUGUGGUGUUUCUUCUCGUGUACCUGGCCACAGUGGUGGGCAACGGUCUCAUUGUUCUGACAGUCAAUGUCAGUAAGAAUCUGCAUUCCCCCAUGUACUUCUUCCUUAGCUACCUGUCCCUGGUGGAGAUCACUUACUCCUCUACUGUUGUCCCUAAAUUCAUCACAGACUUACUUGCCAAGAUUAAAACCAUCUCUCUGGAGGGCUGUGUGGCUCAGAUAUUCUUCUUCCACUUCUUUGGUGUUACUGAGAUCUUUUUGCUUUUGGUUAUGGCCUAUGACCGCUAUGUGGCCAUCUGCAAACCUCUUCAUUAUAUUAUCAUUAUGAGCCGUUUUUUUUGUCUUUUUCUGGUGGCUGGCUCCUGGCUUGGGGGCUUUUUUCACUCCAUUUUUCAGAUUUUUAUCACUUUCCAGUUGUCUUUCUGUGGUCCCAAUGUGAUUGACCACUACUUCUGUGAUCUUCAUCCUUUAUUCAAACUUGCCUGCACUGACACUUUUGUGGAGGGGGUUAUUGGGGUUAUUGUGUUGGCCAACAGUGGAUUAUUUUCUAUCUUCUCCUUCCUCCUCCUGGUGUCCUCCUAUAUUGUCAUCCUGGUCAACUUGCGGAACCAUUCUGCAGAGGGGAGGCGCAAAGCCCUCUCCACCUGUGCCUCUCACAUCACCGUGGUCCUCUUGUUCUUUGGACCUGCCAUCUUUCUCUACAUGCGGCCACCCUCCACCUUCACUGAGGACAAACUGGUGGCCGUGUUCUACACGGUUGUCACCCCCAUGCUGAACCCCAUCAUCUACACACUCAGAAAUGCAGAGGUGAAAAUUGCCAUGAGGAGGUUGUGGGGGAAGAGAGUGAAUUCAGGGAUGGACUAA